AUACCUGCACAGAUGGAUAAUGUGUAAGUUCCAAUUCUGUGAACUUGAAGUUCAAUGAAAAAGGGAAAAUCGAAGGAAAAAAGCUCUUUUUCCUUUCAUCUGAUGUAGAGUUCUGAUUUUAUAAGGUCUAUGUUACUGAAAACUAGCAGAUGCUAGUUAGAUGACAUCAGUUUCUAAUAUUUGAGGUGUAAUUUUGAAGAUUUGAGAAGAGAAAUAAGGAACUUUAAAUGAACAUAAGAUUUUGCUACAAAAUGAAUUCCAGAGCUUGCAGAGGAAGAACAAACCAUCUUCAACUUAGAAGUGAAAUGGAAUCAGAGGAAGUGUGGUCUUUUAUAAACCUUCAUUAAUUUGAUGAUAAAUUCUUUGUUAAAUAUAGAAUUCUUGGAUGGAAGACUUCUCUUGGAGGCAGAGAUCUAUACACUGCUUGAUUUUGAACCCCCACAUUUGCAUUAAUCUGAAAAGAAGAUGUCCCUGUAUGAUGACCUGGGAGUGGAGACCAGUGAUUCAAAGACAGAAGGCUGGUCCAAAAACUUCAAACUUCUGCAGUCUCAGCUUCAGGUGAAGAAGGCAGCUCUCACUCAAGCAAAGAGCCAAAGGACAAAACAGAGUACAGUCCUUGCCCCAGUGAUUGACCUAAAGCGGGGUGGCUCUUCAGAUGAGCGGCAGAUUGUGGACACACCACCCCAUGUAGCAGCCGGGCUAAAGGAUCCUGUUCCUAGUGGAUUUUCUGCAGGAGAAGUUUUGAUUCCCUUGGCUGAUGAAUAUGAUCCGAUGUUUCCUAAUGAUUAUGAGAAGGUAGUGAAGCGCCAAAGAGAGGAACGACAAAGACAGCGGGAGCUGGAAAGACAGAAAGAAAUAGAAGAAAGAGAAAAAAGGCGUAAAGACAGACAUGAAGCCAGUGGGUUUUCAAGGCGACCAGAUCCAGAUUCUGAUGAAGAUGAAGAUUAUGAGCGAGAAAGGAGGAAAAGAAGUAUGGGAGGAGCUGCCAUCGCACCACCCACUUCUCUUGUAGAGAAAGACAAAGAGUUACCCCGUGAUUUUCCCUAUGAAGACGAUUCAAGACCUCGAUCACAGUCUUCCAAAGCUGCUAUUCCUCCCCCGGUGUAUGAUGAACAAGAUAGACCCAGAUCUCCAACAGGGCCUAGCAACUCCUUCCUUGCUAACAUGGGUGGCACAGUAGCACAUAAAAUUAUGCAGAAAUAUGGCUUCCGAGAAGGCCAAGGCCUAGGGAAGCAUGAGCAAGGCCUGAGCACUGCGUUGUCAGUAGAGAAGACAAGCAAGCGAGGAGGCAAGAUCAUUGUCGGUGAUGCUACGGAGAAAGAUGCAUCCAAGAAGUCUGAUUCAAAUCCAUUGACUGAAAUACUUAAGUGUCCUACUAAAGUGGUCUUACUUAGGAACAUGGUUGGUGCAGGAGAGGUAGAUGAAGACUUGGAAGUUGAAACCAAGGAAGAAUGUGAAAAAUAUGGCAAAGUUGGAAAAUGUGUAAUAUUCGAAAUUCCUGGUGCCCCUGAUGAUGAAGCAGUACGAAUAUUUUUAGAAUUUGAGAGGGUUGAAUCAGCAAUUAAAGCUGUUGUUGAUCUGAAUGGGAGGUAUUUUGGUGGACGGGUGGUGAAAGCAUGUUUCUACAAUUUGGAUAAAUUCAGGGUCUUGGAUUUGGCGGAACAAGUUUGAAUUUAAGAACCCAGAGCACGACUCAUCUCUGAUGAUCCCUAAAUGAGCUGCAGACUGAGCAAAGAAGAAAAGGCAGCAGCCUUUUGGCUGUUGGGUGCUGAGACUCUUGAAAGGACUUCUAAGAUAUAUGUUGAUUGAUCCCUUUUUUAUUUUGUGGUUUUUUAAUAUAGUAUAAAAAUCCUUAAAAAAAAAACAAAAAACAAAACCAACAACAAUCUGUGUGCCUCUCUGGUUGUUUCUCUUUUUUAUUACCACUUCUGAGUUGAUUACGUUUUUUUGCUAGGAUUUCAUAGUAAUUCUCAAGUGCUUCAGUGAUAACUAAAUUUCUUGCACUAAAAAUAUUUUAGAAUGUUUUGGGUCAUGGGGUUUCAUUCAGUUACCCUUUUCUUUCCUUCUGUCCUUCUCUCCUUCUUUUAUUAUCUUUUUUUUUGUUUGUUUUAAAUAAAACCUACACGUUAUUAAACUGUAGCUUCAUAAAUUUCAUAAUAAAAUAUCAUCUUGGCAGUCUGUCCAAGGUGAAAAUGUCUGCUUUCUCUAACAGAGAAAUUCUUAACUGACUCCAGUCAUAGAGAAAACUCUUUACAACCUGAACUAAGAUUAAAGAACUCUGAGCCUACCAUGACCUGUUUGGAUGACUCAUUUGCCAUUAAGCUGAGUCAGACUAUAGGGGUUGUGACAAUUUAGGGGGUAUAUGGGUAUAGAAAUCAUGAACCUAGCAUUGCUUUCAGAGAUCCAACCAUAGUCUUUAGAUUGGAAAUGACAAGUUAAUUCAAAACCUCACAAGUACAUUGUAAAUGUGUGCCCAGUUAUGUUUUGGAAAUGGCAAUUCCUCAGGGUCGUGCUUCUACUGGCAAAAUUUUGCAGUCGUGUUCUGUUACAUGUCAUUUUGAAAUUUAUAAAGUUCAGCUACUUCGGCUACUUAAACCGUACUGCCAAUUAAUAUAAUUCUGGAAUUGUGAAGAAUUGUACCAUUGAGAUGCAAUGGUGUAAAUGGUUAAAAAAAAAAAAAAAAUUUUGGUAUUGAGGUUGAUUUGUCAGAGCAGGAGAUAUUUCCAGAAUAUUCUUGCGCCUGUGUUCUGUUCCUUGCUUGCCCAAAUAUCAAACUGCACGUGACUUUCCUGAAGUGGCAACUAAAAGACAUGUACCUGUGUUGUCUCUAGGUUAUUACAACAUGAAAGAAUAUUGUGACCCUUAAGUGGAGGAAAAGAACUCAACAUUUCUUUGCAUCCCUGGACUUGGUUUGCAGACAUUAAGGAAUAUUCUGACCCUUUUUACAAAAGGAUUUUCUCAUGUUUUUAUUUAACAUAAAUAAAGGAAUAACAUUUUAUCUUUUGUGGUAUUAUAUUGCUGAAUAAAAGUGAAUUAAGACUCAA